GACGUGAAUGAGCUCCAUCACCUCCUUCAGAAAUGUGGACGGAUAUAAGGACGUUGCUACUUUUUCAUUCGUUAGUCCUGAUGCUUCAUUUUUCGGAAGCAACGGAUGAGUGUGAGGAUGGACAGUUUCAGUGCAACAACAAAAGGUGUAUACCGACCAUCUGGAGGUGCGACGACGAUGACGACUGCUCAGACAACAGUGAUGAAGAAAACUGUCCCAGGAAGACAUGUGCCCCCGCAGAGUUCGCCUGCUUAAAUGGCCAGUGUGUUCCGGGACGGUGGCGAUGCGACGGGGAACCGGAGUGUCCCGAUGGCUCUGAUGAGGCAGAGGAGACCUGCAGCAAACAGACGUGCCCUCCAGAGAAAUUUGACUGUGGGGGAUCCACCAACAAGUGUGUCUCGUUGUCAUGGAGAUGUGAUGGGGAGAAGGAUUGCGAGAACGGGGCGGAUGAGGAGGACUGUGCGUCUGAUGCCAAAGCCUGCCCCAGCGGUGAGUUCAUGUGCUCCAACCGCAAGUGCUUGGCCACCGUCUAUGUGUGCGACGGCGACGACGACUGUGGAGACGGCAGCGAUGAGCUCAAGUGUGCGUCCCCUCUGACCUGCGGGCCCAACCAUCUCCGCUGUAACACCUCAGAGUGCGUGCCGCUUAUGUGGAGCUGCGACGGAGACCCCGACUGCUCUGACAGUUCGGAUGAGGGGCCCGAGCGCUGCGGCGGCGACGGAGUCCCCUACCUGCCCAACCGCCGGACAAACUGCACUGCUGGGGAGUUUCGCUGUGCCAACGGGGAGUGUGUGAGGCUGACCUGGAAGUGUGAUGGAGAUCCAGACUGCAAGGACAAGUCUGAUGAGUCUGACUGCCCCCUGUUGACGUGUCGUCCCGAUGAGUUCCAGUGCGGUGAUGGUUCCUGCAUCCACGGCACCAAGCAAUGUAACAAGGUCCAUGACUGUCCUGACCACAGCGACGAAUCUGGCUGCGUCAACGCCACCAAAUGUGAGGGACCCCUGAAGUUUCUGUGUAAGAAUGGAGAGUGCAUUGACAGCUCCAAGGUCUGUGACUCUGUCAAGGACUGCAAGGAUCGAUCAGAUGAGCCCAAGAAGGAGUGCGGGCUGAAUGAGUGUAUGAUCAACAACGGCGGCUGCUCCCAUGUCUGCAUGGACCGACCAAUCGGCUUUGAGUGCCAGUGCCCCACUGGCUACCAGCUACUGGACAAAAAGACUUGUGGUGACAUUGACGAGUGUGAGAACCCUGAUGCUUGUAGCCAGAUCUGCAUCAACUACAAGGGGGAUUUUAAAUGUGAAUGCUAUGAAGGCUAUGAGAUGGACCCUGUUACUAAGACCUGCAAGGCAGAAGGAAAGAGCCCUUACCUGCUGUUCACCAACCGGCAUGAGAUCCGACGCAUCGACCUGGUGAAGAGGGACUACAGCCAGGUGGUGUCCACCCAGAAGAACGCUGUGGCUCUGGACCUGGAUGUAGCCAACAACCGUGUCUUCUGGUGCGAUCGCUUUCACCGGAAAAUCUACAGUGCCUUCAUCCAUGAGGCCAAUGACCCAUCUCAGCAGGUGCCGCUGCUGGAUUCUCUCCUGCAGACCCCUGUGGGUCUGGCUCUGGACUGGCUCCAGCACAACCUGUACUGGGCCGACUCCGGGGACAAAUCCAUCUCGGUGGCCUCAGUGGACGCCACUAAGAGACGCGUCCUCAUCAACACCGACCUGAGUGAACCCCGGGCCAUAGCGCUGGAUCCCCAUCACGGCUUUAUGUACUGGUCCGACUGGGGCACGCGAGCCAAGAUAGAGAAGGCCGGGAUGAAUGGAGUCGACCGACAGGUGCUGGUGGCUGAUAACAUUGAAUGGCCCAAUGGCAUCACUCUAGACGUAGCAAACAGGCGUCUGUACUGGGUGGAUUCAAAGCUGCACCUUAUAGCCAGCGUGGACCUGAAUGGAGCUCACCGCAGAACACACGUGUCGUCCGCAGAGAGUCUGGGACACCCCUACGCUCUGGCUGUUUUUGAGGAUCGUAUCUACUGGACAGACAGAGACAGAGCGGCGGUCUUCAUGGCCAACAGGCUGACCGGUAAAGACAUCCACGCACUGGCUGAAAACCUCAACGACCCCCAUGACAUCGUGGUCUUUCACCAGCUACGCCAGCCUCAAGGCCCAGACAGCUGUAAUCUGGGCAGUGUGGCCAACGGAGGGUGUCAGUACUUGUGUCUUAAGGCUCCACAGAUCACCGAACACUCGCCCAAAUACACCUGCGCCUGCCCCGACGGACAGGACCUGGGGCCUGAUAUGAGGGGCUGUGUGCCAGCAGCACCAAGAGACGACAUGACCCCGACAUCCUCACCUCCUGCUGGAUUUACACCUGGCACCGGAGCGACUCUGGCGGAAGACUUUCCCCCACCCUCAGGGGGAGUAUCACAGGCGGACGCCACCCCACACCUGACCACAGCUCCCUAUGGGGCCCCCGAGCCCCUCACGCCUCUCUCCACUCUGAAGCCUUUGUCGUCACAAGAGUCAAAGGCACUGGGCUCGCACUCCACUGCCACCGCUAUGGUCAUCUCCACCACACCUGCAGGGGACAGCAGCGUCUCGCAACACUCUGGGAGCGAGAAUUUCCUCCUGGGCGAGAAUCUGACGGUGGCUGUUUUGGGAGUGGUCAUCCCCAUCGUUCCUAUCGUUGCCACAGUGGUGUUCGGCCUGGUGUGCGCCGGGGUCUACCUGGUGUGGCGCAACUGGCGGCGCAACUCCACCAAGAGCAUGAACUUCGACAACCCCGUCUACCGCAAGACCACCGGUGAGGGCGAGGAGGACGAGAUCCACAUCGGGCGGACGGACGGCAUGGGACACCACCACGCACACCAUCACCCGUACCCGCAGGGCGUCAACAUGGGAGUGGUGGGAGCUGGAGGUGGCACCUGCCCGCAGUUCAUCGCCCUGCCACUCGGGGGCAGCAUGCCUGAUCCGGGGACUCACUGGUACACGGAGCAGCCCAUGCUGUCCACUGCAAAGUGA